AUGGCUCGUGAUUAUUACGUCUUACCGCAGCACACCAAUGUGCUCGAAGACCGUGUUAAGACCGUAAACUCGAUGUUAAAGUCAUUUGCCGAGGCAGUAUUGGAAGAUGCAUCGCCAUACUUCGACAUGAUGAAAGCGGCAGCGAGGGAUGUGGUCAAAUUAGAAGUGCAGAUUGCUAUGGCAUCUUGGCCCGAUAGUGCAAUGAGAAAUUAUGCCCAACAAUACAAUGCAUACACUGUAGAAGCGCUUGAGAAGAGGUAUCCAUCGAUAAUCUGGGACAGCUAUUUGAAAGCUUUGUUAUCGUCUGUGACCGGAUAUGAUAUACGUAGCACAAAUGUGGGUAGAUUUUGAGA